CCCACCGAGCGCCGUUCGUGAAGGUCGGCGGAACUGGCUCUUUGGGGUCACGACGCUGGCCUGCGCGCAGAUCGUCGCUCGCGCGCGCCUUUUCGAUUCCCAAUCUUCGGUCUCCUUCCCUCACGGCCGACACCCUUAACAAGCCGCUUCCCCAGACCCCGUUGUUCGUCGUGAGAGAGACGACCUCUGUCGACGAGGCGUCCUCUCCGGAUAUCGGAGCGUCUGUGGAGUCCGUUGGGCUCCGUCCCUCCACCGCCACGGAGGGGCAAUCUCUCAGAAGGGGCCGCAAUGUUUCGUUUGCGGACCAACCCCCCAGCACCACCAGAUGGCUUCGGUCAUCCGGUAGUGCUCCCGAGAUUGUCCCCCGCGGCGAGGAGCAAGAGGUGGAGCCCUCUCCCGUCCGCGCCCAGCAGCAGCAGCAGCAGCGCGUUCUCGAGCUCGAAGCAGCUUUACAGCUUGCCGAGAGCAACGCCGCAGCAGCUGAGGCGCGCGCAUCAGCCGCAGAAGCUCAACUCGCUCGCGCCCACGCCGAGCUGGACGUCUACGUCGCGGAAGCGACGGUGCACCAGCGCGCGCUCACGGCAGCGCGAGUCGAGUUCCAACUGCAGCUCGACCUUGCGAGGCGGGAGACGGAGCGGCACGCAGCGGAGACGGGGCGUCAGCACGCCCACCACUUGGAUUACCUUCGCGUUCUCGCCGAGGGCCAUUUGGCGGAGCGUCAGGGUCUGGAGAGUCAAAUCGCCAUGCUGUAUUCGGCAGUGGGCGGACUCCAGACUCAGUUGCUGUACGCCGGCGCCGGUCCGCUGCAGCAGCAGGGAGGAGCGAGAGGUGCUCGCCAGUCGUUGCAAUUUCCGGCCGCACCAGCGGCCCAGCAGGAGGAGGGGGCUGCUGCAAAUGAACCCCCCCAGCAACAACCACCCAGCGCCGAGUUCGUAUACCUCGGACCCCGUCAUCGAUUCGGCAGUCGUCUGUCCGAACCGGGACUCUUCCAGAUCCUUCCUCACCCGAUCCCACUCCCGCCCCAACAGCCGCCGUUUGCGCCAUCAGAGUCGGUGCGUCUCGCGAAUCGUGCGGGGCGCCUGGCUGCUGAGCGCGGUGGCCCCGAGUAUCGCCAACGCAUCCGGCGGAGACAGGAUCCUGACUCAGACUAGGUCCAGUUGGGGUCUUUGCUUCGCCCCUUUUUUCAAAGGAUGCACUCGGGGGGUUGAGUGA